CAGCCAGCGCAUCAGAAAUGAAUAGAAGAAGGUCAGCCAAUUCUUGACAAAUCUCCAAUCAAAUCAUUUAAUAAUAGUGUAGAUUUUGCGGUCUACAUUCUUAGGUUACUACUUACUUACUAGUUACAGUGAGCAGCACUUAGUUCGUGCGGCCAAGAAAAGAAGAAGAAAGAAGAAGAAAACCCCACCAUUCCUCUCUUUCUUUAUAUUCAUUCACUGGCUGAACUGGGUUUUUACUAAUUUCUGUUUCUGAAUCAUCAAAUGGCUUUCUGCACCUUCUCUUUCUCACGGAAUUUGAACAUGGCGGCACUACUAGAUCUCCCAAAGCAGCAGCAUACCCAUCUUACAGAUCUGCAUCAAAAGACUUGCCAGGCUAGAAAAAGAUGUUUUCGAAUUCGUGCAUCUAUAUCAGAAAGAGGGGAAUAUUAUUCACAAAAACCACCAACUCCUCUUCUAGACACUAUCAAUUAUCCAAUCCACAUGAAGAAUCUAUCUGUUAAGGAACUGAAACAACUGUCUGAUGAACUUCGUUCCGAUGUUAUCUUCAAUGUUUCCAACACCGGUGGUCAUCUCGGUUCAAGCUUAGGUGUUGUCGAGCUCACUGUUGCUCUUCAUUAUGUGUUCAAUGCUCCUCAAGAUAAGAUUCUAUGGGAUGUCGGUCAUCAGUCAUACCCACAUAAGAUUUUGACUGGAAGAAGAGACAAGAUGCAUACCAUAAGACAAACAGAUGGGUUAGCAGGAUUCACUAAGCGUUCAGAAAGCGAAUAUGAUUCAUUUGGAACUGGUCAUAGCUCGACUACAAUCUCUGCCGGUUUGGGGAUGGCUGUGGGAAGAGAUUUGAAGGGAAAAUCGAACAAUGUAAUAGCUGUUAUAGGAGAUGGAGCUAUGACAGCAGGUCAAGCUUACGAAGCCAUGAACAAUGCAGGCUAUCUAGAUUCAGACAUGAUCGUUAUCCUUAACGAUAACAAACAAGUUUCAUUACCUACAGCUACUCUAGACGGUCCUGCAGCGCCGGUUGGGGCUUUAAGCAGCGCUCUCAGUCGAUUACAGUCAAACCGGCCACUAAGAGAACUAAGAGAAGUGGCCAAGGGAGUAACCAAGAGCAUUGGCGGGCCUAUGCAUCAGUUGGCGUCGAAAGUGGACGAGUAUGCCCGGGGUAUGAUCAGUGGGUCUGGAUCCACUUUGUUUGAAGAGCUUGGACUUUACUAUAUCGGACCUGUCGAUGGACAUAACAUUGAUGAUCUUGUUACGAUUCUUAAAGAGGUUAAGAGUACUAAAACUACCGGUCCUGUUCUUAUCCAUGUUGUAACAGAGAAAGGUCGCGGUUAUCCUUAUGCCGAGAAGGCUGAUGAUAAGUAUCAUGGAGUGGCGAAGUUCGAUCCAGCGACGGGAAAGCAACUGAAAUCGAGUUCGAAAACGCAGUCAUACACGACCUACUUUGCUGAGGCCUUAAUAGCCGAAGCAGAGGCAGACAAGGACAUCAUCGCGAUUCACGCCGCGAUGGGUGGAGGAACAGGUUUGAAUCUGUUCCAACGACGGUUCCCAAACAGAUGUUUCGACGUGGGAAUAGCCGAACAGCACGCGGUUACAUUUGCAGCCGGAUUAGCAUGUGAAGGCCUCAAACCAUUUUGCGCAAUCUAUUCUUCUUUCAUUCAAAGAGGUUAUGAUCAAGUCGUGCAUGAUGUGGACUUGCAAAAGCUUCCUGUUAGAUUCGCGAUGGAUAGAGCCGGUUUGGUUGGAGCUGACGGUCCUACUCACUGCGGUGCUUUCGAUGUCGCGUUUAUGGCUUGUCUUCCAAACAUGGUGGUCAUGGCUCCUGCGGACGAGGCUGAGUUGUUUCAUAUGGUUGCAACCGCAGCUGCUAUAGAUGAUAGGCCGAGUUGUUUUAGAUACCCGAGAGGUAAUGGAAUUGGAUUGGAGCUUCCAACAGGAAACAAAGGCGUACCGAUUGAGAUUGGAAAAGGUCGAGUAUUGAUCGAAGGAGAGCGUGUGGCUUUGCUCGGGUAUGGAACCGCGGUUCAGAGCUGUGUUUCGGCUGCUGAAUUAUUAGAACAGCGCGAGGGCUUACAAAUAACGGUUGCAGAUGCUCGAUUCUGCAAACCUCUCGACCAAGGCUUGAUCCGUAUGCUUGCUAAGUCGCAUGAUGUUUUGAUCACGGUCGAGGAAGGAUCGGUCGGGGGUUUUGGGUCGCACGUGGCUCACUUCAUGUCGCUGGAUGGGCUUUUGGAUGGAAAUCUCAAGUGGAGACCAAUGGUUCUUCCCGAUCGAUAUAUUGAUCACGGUUCGCCUGUAGACCAACUGGUUCAAGCGGGUUUAACCCCGACUCAUAUAGCUGCCACCGUGCUCAACAUACUUGGGAAAACAAGAGAGGCUUUGGAAGUUAUGGCUUAGAACUAAGAAGAAGUCUUUGGUUCAUGUGUACAAAUAUUAAUAAAGACAGGAUUACAAAAAUAUUAUAGUGUGUUUCCAUUUUGUAAUGAAUAAAUUCAAAGU